AUGGUUUUCUUGAAGUCGGGCCCCGAAAACAAGGACAGUACUCAAACGGCCGAAUUAAUCAAGAACAACAACAAUCAGGAGCUGCGUCUCGAGCCAACCGACACUGGAUUAUUGAGCGACGUCAGCAGGGACCUACUUUCUGAGGGCUACGACACGACCGGUCCUAUGCCCGAAAUAGUGUGCACUUCCGCGCGGGAAAGGUUUGACGAUGUGAGUUUUUGUUCUGUGUCGAAAUUGUGAAAUUGUUCGGGGAAACAGCGCAUUUUAUAAUUGAGUCGCUGCCUAAUUUUAGUGCUCAAUCUGCGAUUUUCUCGUUUUAAAGUCAUAAAAUAUCACAGAAAUGAGAGUUUUUCAUCAUUAUUUUCAGGAAAUCAUACGGACGUCGCUUCAGUUCUGUCCUUGGUACCACGGGAUGAUGUUCAGCAAUGUGACCAAAAGUAUUCUCAAGUGGGACAAUUCGUACCUGGUGCGUCGAGCCAUCAUCAAGCAAACCAACAAAAUGCUGUGUCUAUCGUUGAAAGUCGACGAAAAAUUGUUUCAUUAUCAAUUGAUUUGCGAUGGAGAGGGAUGGACUUGUCCAAAGGUAUCUUUCAGCAAAACUGACUGAGCAAUGCAAUUCAAAGACGUCAAUGUGUUUAGCUAUACGAAAAGUUUCCUCAAAUGGAAUCGAAGAAAUACGCGCACCUCAUCCAAUUGCUCGAUGCGUGGUCUCUCAUCACCAACCACAUUGUGCCCGUACCUCGCUCCAAAAUUGUGCUCUAUCAUGAGAGCAUCAAUCUGAUACACAAACUCGGCUCCGGUGCUUUCGGCGAAGUUUUCAAAGCCUCGUUUUUACCCAAAGACGCGACGGAAGUGGUCGAAGUGGCUGUGAAAAGGACGCUGGGAGAAGCGAAAAGGGAGCACAUUCAGGAGAUGUGCCACGUGAGCAGGAUUACUGUCGCUCCGAUUUGAUUACUUUAGUUUAGGAGGCUCGAGUGAUGGGCAUCCUCAAUCAUCUCAACGUGGUCGCCUUGUACGGAAUCGCCUCGCUUCAACUGCCGAUGAUGUUGGUGAUGGAGCUGGUGACGGGAGGAGAUCUCAAGGUUACUCUACUUCGCGUCGCUACCGUAACCCUUUUGCAUGCUUCAGAAGUACCUGCAGACGACUGCGAACAUUCCGAACAAGCAAAUAUUCUCGUUCGCCCUCGACAUUGCGCGUGGAAUGAGUCAUUUGGCGAAACAAAAAGUGAUCCAUCGAGAUUUGGCCGCCCGAAACUGUCUGAUCACUCCCACGCUCUUGUGCAAAAUCUCGGAUUUCGGACUCUCGGUCAUCGGCACAGAAAUGGUUGUGAAGAGUUUGAAAAAAGCGCCGAAGCGAUGGCUGGCGCCGGAAACGUUCAACAAAGGCAUCUUCAACGAGAAGACGGACGUGUGGAGCUACGGAGUUGUGCUCACGGAGCUCAUGACUCGAUGCGCCCAUGAUCCAUUGCAUCCGAUGGGUUUGAAAGAGGCCGAGAAGUGGAUCAAAGACGAAGAGAACCCGCAUCGAAUCGAUCACGGAGAGCCUCGCGAACUGGCCAUGUUGGUGGAUUGUUGCUGUGCAAAGGUUUGCCUUCUUUUUUUAGAAAACCUUGAUAAUUUGUGUAAUUUUCAGCUUCCGGAGAAGAGAUUUACUUUUGCGUCGGUCAAACGACGCGUCGCCCAAAUGUACGAGAGGAGCCUGAGUCCGAACGCAGCCAAUCCGCUCGUGAAAAUGCAAACGGCUCGAAGAGUGAGAGAAUCGAAGCAUCCACAAACUCUUCAUUCUUUUUCAGGGAAAGACGCUGGAAGAGAAGCGGAGCCAAGGAUUUUUGAACGGCCGAAAACCGUCGAAAACGACGUUGACGCGCAAAAAGUCAAAGGAUCAGAAGCAGUGUACGAAGGGAAUCGGAUCGUUCCGAAGAGAAAAGUCGAAGGGCAAGCUGCCGGCGGGAAUGAUGCUCAAUUCGCCGAACAAGUGA